UUUUGGAUUGUUUCGCUUCAACAGUGAUUGAACGAGGCAUUUUUUUCACCAAGAUAUUUACGUCGUAUUCUUACCGAUCUCUCACUACACCUUUAACGACCAAGAUGUCUCAGUGCCGUCAGAACUACCAAGAAGAGUGCGAGGCCGGUAUUAACAAGCAAAUCAACCUCGAGUUGUACGCUAGUUACGUGUACAUGUCCAUGGCCUAUCACUUCGAUCGUGAUGAUGUGGCGCUGCAAGGAUUCCACAAGUUCAUGCUGAAACAGUCGGACGAAGAACGCGAACACGCUCAAAAGCUGAUGAAAUACCAGAAUCAGCGUGGAGGUCGCAUUGUGUUGCAAGACAUCGCGAAACCAGAGAGGGAUGACUGGGGAAGUGGACUGGAAGCAUGCCAGGCAGCAUUGGACUUGGAGAAGCACGUCAAUCAAACCUUGCUUGAUCUGCACAAAGUGGCUGACACUAAUAAUGAUCCUCAGACGUCAGACUUCCUCGACGAAUUCCUCACUGAGCAAGUUGAAUCCAUCAAGGAGAUAUCAGAACUUGUGUCAAACCUGAAACGAGUUGGACCAGGACUUGGAGAAUUUCAGCUUGAUAAACAUACUCUUGAUAGUAGUUAAGUUCCGGUUCUAGUUAGGUUCAAUAAAGUACAUCUGAAUAAAAGGUCAUCGAGGUUAAUCUGUCCAAUUCUGGCAACGGAUCUAUAUGAAAGGUGAAACUGCCGAAAACAGAAACAAUCCAGAAGUUGAUGUGUCAUUGUAGUUAGCUUUUUUCCUUUUUUUUGAUCUUCAUUUCAGUUGACUGUUUUGUUUAUUUAGUGUAUGUAUGUUUGUUCAUAUAUUCACAUAUCUACAUUAUCUCAAAUAUAUCCUUGCACUCUUUUGUUUUGUUGUGCUCAGUUUUGAAGGGUUUAUUUCGAGAAGGAUUGACAAAGCAAAGAAUGCCUAGCUCAUAUUCGUUUUUAUUAUUAUUUCCUUAUUCGCUUGUAAUCACCAUUCUUAUUUUGUUGUAAUGCUGAAAAUAAAACUGGACGUGUCAGGAAA